AUGGCGAAGGCAAAACCUAGGACAAUCAGGUUUGUUUUGGUGAUUGUGGGGCUUUUGGGAUUGUUUCUCAUUGCAGAUCUUCUAUGGGCUUCAUCAUCUUCUUCUCCUUCCAAUUGGGCUCUCGAUGAUUCCAACAAUUUUGUGGUUCCAAACCCUUUUCACAGCAGUAAUGGCUCGCUUGUCGCGCCAGACAAGGUGACCCCUAAUCGAGAUAAGCAAGAUGCUGUUCCCAGGGUCUUAUCGGCAACAUUUGCUGAUUUGCCAGCUCCCGAGUUGCAAUGGGAGAAGAUGAAGCCAGCACCUGUUCCUCGUCUGGAUGGUGCUGCUAUACAGAUCAAGAAUCUUCUCUACGUUUUUGCUGGAUAUGGGACCAUUGAUACUGUGCAUUCUCAUGUUGAUGUAUACAAUUUCACCGAUAACACCUGGAGUGGAAGGUUUGACAUGCCCAAAGAAAUGGCCCAUUCGCAUUUAGGCAUGGUGACAGAUGGAAGAUAUAUUUACGUGGUUACUGGACAGUAUGGUCCUCAAUGUAGAGGGCCUACAGCACACACAUUCGUACUAGACACCGUGACACGUAAGUGGAAAUACCUGCCACCUUUACCAGUCCCAAGAUAUGCCCCGGCCACCCAGCUUUGGAGAGGCCGACUUCAUGUAAUGGGUGGUAGCAAAGAGAACAGGUAUACACCUGCAUUGGAGCACUGGAGCAUUGCUGUGAAAAAUGGCAAAGUUUUGGAAAAUGAAUGGAGAUCUGAAAUUCCCAUUCCUCGUGGUGGACCUCACAGGGCUUGCGUCGUGUACAAUGACCGCUUGUAUACUAUCGGUGGUCAAGAGGGUGAUUUCAUGGCCAAACCCGGAUCUCCAAUAUUUAAAUGCUCCCGUCGCAAUGAGGUUGUAUAUGGCGAUGUGUACAUGUUAGAUGAUGAGAUGAAGUGGAAAGUGCUACCCUCUAUGCCCAAGCCCGAUUCUCAUAUCGAAUUUGCCUGGGCAAUUGUAGACAGCUCCAUUGUCGUUGUUGGAGGUACCACGGAGAAGCAUCCCGUGACCAAGAAGAUGAUAUUAGUUGGAGAAAUAUUCCGGUUUGACUUUGAUACACUGAAGUGGUCUGUGAUCGGGAAGCUUCCUUAUCGUCUGAAAACAACACUCGUUGGGUUUUGGGAUGGAAUGUUGUAUUUUACAUCGGGCCAACGAGACAGGGGGCCCGACAAUCCUGCCCCAAAAAAGGUUAUUGGGGAGAUGUGGAGAACGAAGCUUAUAUUAUGA